ACAGUGGAAAGAUGAACCAAGUCGGCUUUUGAUAGUUUUAUUUAGUUUCUGUCAAUUAUAAUUGAAGUGUGUUUAAAAAUUAUUAAAGAAAAUACUGUUUUCUUAAAUGGAGUCUGAUGGGAAAAUAAAUCAAAAUGCUUAAAAUGAAUCUUCUGUUAUUUCUCUUUAUAUUUUACCAUUAUUUUAAUUAUUGAAGUGCUGUACAUUAUUUAAUAAUCAAGUAAAGUAAAAGCAUCUCACGUUAAGUACAGUACUUGAGUAAAUUUACUCAGUUACAGUCCACCACUGAAUAUUAUAACGCUGAUUAAUAAACUGUAUGCGUAUCUGUUGUUUCCCCUCCUGACCACCAUGUGGCGACGAGCUUUCAUUUUAAACUUUUAAACUGAAAAAAACCCGGAACCGGAAGUCUCGUUUCUUCCCUGUGACCUCGGACUGGCGGGAUAUUUGAGUGUUUGUUACAUGGAUGGAUUAAGGUUUGUUAGCUGCGGAGCUUACUAGUGAGUUUGGAGGCGGCGGAGCUCCAGCCAGCUGAAACUCAGAGGGACAGUCACCACUCCUCAGUUAAAAGAUGUUCAUGUGGGAGGAACUCUAACGGAGAAGACUCCCUCCAGAACCAGUCUGAUGGACCGGCAGGGUUGGAAACUGGCCAAAAGGAGCAACCAGGACGACAGUGAGAGCAUCGCGGUGAAGAAAUGCAGAACUGGAAACUGGUUUACAGCUUUGUUUAGCUGGCUUGUGGAUCCAGGAACAUCCCAGCGUGCUGAAACUCAGAGGGGAACAGGAAGCCCACCAGUCACCGCCCAGCAUGGAGGUGUCGUCAACGCACCUCAGUUUAACGGUGUUAACGUUGGAGGGGAUCUAACGGUCCAAGUCACGCAGGCCUUGUCUCCUGACAGGACAGAUGAGAAGAAAGCUGCUUCUCCCAAAAACAAAGCAAACAUUCAAAGGUGCUUAAAAUCUUUCCUUGAAAGUACAACAAAGGAUCUGUUACAAGGAACAAAGGAAGAUGGACUGACUCCUUUACACAAGAUCUAUACGGAGCUUUACAUCAGACGAGGAGGCAGUGGGGAGGUUAAUAGUGAACAUGAAGUGGUUAACUUGGAAUGCAAAAGGAGUUCCAGUGAGGAGGAGAAAAUCCAGGUCAAUGACAUUCUUCAACCUUUAUCAAAUGAAGAAAAGCCUCCUCAGAGAGUUCUGACGAAGGGAAUCGCUGGCAUUGGAAAAUCUGUCGCUGUGCAGAAGUUCACUCACGACUGGGCAACAGGAAAAGCCAACCAAACUACUGAUUUCAUAUUUCCAUUUGCAUUCAGAGACUUAAACUUGAUAAAAGAUAAGGAUUUGAGUCUUCUGACGUUAAUAGGUAAAUAUUUUGAAGAAGUGAAGGAUUUGGAAGAGUCGGACUACAACGAAUCAAGUGUUUUGUUCAUCUUCGACGGCCUGGACGAAAGCCAAUUACCUCUGGACUUCAACAACAAUGAGAUGUGCCGCAAUGUUACAGAAACCACAACAUUAGACGUCCUGCUGACCAACUUAAUCUCAGGGAAACUGCUGCACAAAGCCUCAGUCUGGAUCACAAGUAGACCAGCUGCAGCCAAUAAGAUUCCUCCUGAGAUCUUCCACAGGGUGACCGAGGUACGAGGCUUUAAUGAUGAGCAGAAGGAGGAGUACUUUCAGAAGAAAGUUAGUGACAAGGAAAUGGCUCAGAAGAUCUCCGAUCAUCUUCAGUCAAAGACGCAAAGAAGUCUGUACAUCAUGUGCCACAUCCCAGUCUUCUGUUGGAUUUCAGCCACGGCUCUCCAGAGUCUCCUAACAGAAACAGAAGAAGCAGAGUUGCCCAAGACUGUGACUGAAAUGUACACACACUUCCUGAUCAUCCAGACAAAGCUGAAGGAAUAUCAGGAAGGUGAAACAGACAAAGAUGUGAUCAUGAAAUUGGGAAAGCUGGCAUUUGAACAGCUUCAGAAGGGCAACAUACUCUUCUGUGAAAAUGAGUUUAAAAGUUGUGGAAUUGAUCUGAAACAAGCUGUAGUUAAUUCAGGAGUUUGUACACAGAUCAUAAGAACAGAAUCUGGUAUUCACAAACAAGAGAUUUACUCCUUCAUUCAUUUAAGUGUUCAGGAGUUUCUGGCAGCUCUGUACGUGUUAGAGACUUUCUUAGAUAGCGGAGAAAAUCUGCUUUCCAGCCAGACAAGUGUGAAAGCGCAAUCAGAGAAAGGAGAAUGUCCCAUCUUCCUCCUCCACCAGAACGCAGUGAAUAUGGCUUUGUACAGCGAUAAUGGACAAUGGGACUUGUUCCUGCGCUUCCUGCUCGGUCUGUCGCAGGAUAAAAAUCAGGAGCUUCUUCAGAAACGAGUUGGAUUCAAAGGAAGAUGUCCACAGAGCAACCAGGAGACAAUCAAGUUCAUUCAUGAGAAUAUCAAGUAUCUGUCCAACAGCGUGAAGAGCAUCAACCUGUUCCACUGUUUAAAUGAGUUGGGUGACCAGUCUCUGGUAAAGCAAGUCCAAAAGUACCAGAGCUCAGGACAUUUUGGUAAACUCUUACCUGAACAUUGGUCAGCUCUGGCCUUUCAACUGCUCGUUUCUAAUGAAGACCUGGAUAUCUUUGACCUGGAGAAAUACGAAGGUUCAGAGGAAGUUCUGGAGAGGCUGCUGCCAGUGCUCAAGGCAUCAAAGAAAGCUUCGUUAAGUAGCUGUAUACUCACCUACAGAUGUUGCGAGAACAUUUCAUCAGUUCUCAGCUCAAAGUCUUCUGGUCUGGAGGAGUUAGACCUGAGUGGAAACAGACUGCUGACUGACUCUGGAGUGGAGCUGCUCUCUCACGGUCUAAAAAGUCCCAACUGCAAACUCCAGAGACUCCGGUUAAGUAAAUGUAACCUCACCGACAGAUGUUGUAAGAACAUUUCAUCAGUUCUCAGCUCAAAGUCUUCUGGUCUGGAGGAGUUAGACCUGAGUGGAAACAGACUGCUGGACUCUGGAGUGAAGCUGCUCUCUGACGGUCUAAAAAGUCCCAACUGCAAACUCCAGAGACUCCGGUUGUCAUACUGCACAGAGAGCGGCUGUGAGUCUCUGGCCUCGGCUCUGAAGUCGAACCCUUCACACCUCAGAGAACUGAUGCUGGACUGUAGUGAUCCAGGAGAAUCAGGUCUGAAGCUGCUGUCUGAUUUACAGAAGAACAACAGAUACAAACUGCAGACACUGGUGGUGUCUGAGGGAGUUAUUGAAACGGAUCAGAACUAAAAGACAACAAUGGAUCAUUUUCUUUCUUCUGUCCGGACCAAAUGAGCUGAACUACAGAUGUGAAAGUGACCUUAACACUCUGCGACCGAAAGAGUCGUAUACGAUUCAAAAUGGCACCUUUUAAUCAUAUUUUAAUAAUUUAGUAGCCUUAAGAUUUAUUGUCUUACCUUUUUUGCAGCUAAAAGCUAACGAGUUUGCUGUCUUUCUAGCCUUCACGGAAGGUUUGUAUCCAGCCUUGAACAUAAUAUAUGUCCAUAAUUUUUGAUUUUGAUGCUAACAUCCAUUUUGUUUCCCAUAAUGCUUCGGGAGAUCACUUGAAACCAAUGGAAAGCAGUCAUCCGAGGGAGAAGAGAUAACUAACUCCAAGCCAGAAUAGUAACAAUGUGACCAAAGAUCGUCUAUUACCAUUCUAAACGGUUCUACAGAGAAGAUGGCAUGAUUGUUUUGAUUUUGGGAUAAAUUUGGGCCUUUUUUGAAGAAACGUAAAUAGUUAUUUACAUUAGCCCGCCUCUAAAUAAAAUAAUAAAAUAAACAUAAUCAACAUUAUAACUCAUAUAAACGACAUUAUAUGAGUUAUUAUGUUGAUUAUAUUUAUUUUUGCACUGGAUGACUCCAAAUAUAUAGAACGGUUUUAGACAACACAAAUGCUUGUGUAGCAUUGCUGUGUGUGUUAUAUAAAUAAAUUUGACCUUAUUAUUUUGAUUAUUGGCAUAAGUAAAUGUCAUUAGGGCAAAAGCGUGUGGACUUUUUUUUGAAAAAAAUGUAUAUAUUUGUAUACUGUAUAAGUUAUAAUGUUUAUUUCUUCAGUUUGACUACCAAGACAUGAGAAGUGUUAGAGAUUGGCUUAGCUUUUAUUGCUCUGUGUGAUAUCAAUACAUGUCUGUGAGGUUCAUGUUCCGUUUUAAAAAUGUAUUUAUCUUUAAGGUCCUACAACCUUGUUUAACAUUCAAGUGACCUCACUGCAGCACACGUGUUCUAAUAGCCCAUUUUUUCCUGAAAGAAAUUAUGUUCAUAGAUUGACUGUAAACAACAGGGUUGAUGUUUUACAAGCUUUUUUAGAAAAUAAAAUCAGAUGGACAAUGAAUUGUAAAACCUUAGGUCUGGUAGGGGUUAAAUGCAUCGCAGCUCUUCUCUCUUUAAGGACUCGAUGCACAAAACUCCUCAAUCAGAAGUCAGAGGGUAUCUGAGCAGAUUACUCCUCUCUGUAACGUAAGAGCUUAAUUUUCUGUGGGGGGGGACACAGAGGAACAUUCCCAGUGUUGCCAGGUCUUUUCCUAUGACCGUAGCUAACCAUAGCUCCAAAAGUUACUAAAAGUCGCUAGAUGAUGUCAUUCGCUCAUUUGUACAUUGAUGACCUCAUUGCUUAUCAUUUGCAUAAAGCUG